CGUUACGUCAUUAACGGGAAAAUAUAUAUUGGGUUUAUUGACGAUUUAGAAAAUCUGUCUUUAUAGGUACCUAUUGGAAAAUUUCUUUUCAGUGAUAAAAUAACGUUUACUACUUCAAUGUGUGAAAAGUGAAGAAAAAACAUCAUGGAUUUUUUGACGGUGGACCGUCCCGUAUCGACGUCUACCGAAAAAAAAGAGGAGUCUGAAGCCAAUGAAGACCUCGAGGUUGAUAAUUCAAAGAGCGUGUUGGUGAAGAUAGCAACAUUGUACGCUGAGCAGUUGAUGAGUGACCUGACCCUGGAGGUGGGAGGUGUGGGGUAUCCAGCUCACAGACUGAUAUUAUGUGCGAGCAGCGAAGUGUUUCAGGUGAUGUUGAUGAACCGGGAGUGGAGUGAGUGGUCCGAGAGUCGCAUAGUACUCCAAGAGACACCAACAGCGUCUGCAGUAUUUCCACAUUUUCUUAAGUAUUUUUAUACCGGCCAGAUUAGAAUAUCUCACCACACAGUGUUGCCAGUGCUUUCUCUAGCCGACAAAUAUAAUGUUAAGGAUCUAGUCUCAUUGUGCCUGAGUUACAUGGCACAGCAUAUAGCGCAGGCCGCGAAGCGAGGCCAGCUGAUCUCAUGGAUGCAGUACACGAUGGCCUGCGGACAUAAUGACGUCGCCAAGGCGUGCCAGAACUUCGUGAAGUGGAACCUGGAGUGGGUGUGGUCGGACAGCGACCUGGGCGAGCUGGAGGGCGACACGCUCGUGCAUCUGCUGCAGCAGAGCGACCUCGUGCUGCACAACGAGAUGAGCGUCUACCAUUUCGUGGUCCGCUGGCUGAACAAGCAGCGCGAGCGGCUGAACGCGAGCGACCUCACAGAAGCUGAGAAGAAGACCCACUGGGAGAGCCUCGUCAUCGCGGUGUUCUCUCAUGUCAGGUUCCCCAUGAUGUGCCCCAACCAGCUGGCGAAGCUCCUGCUGUGCCCGCUCACGCAGGAGCACAAGGACUUCUUCAUGGAGUGCAUGGCCAUCGCCAUGAGCUACCAGUCAGGGCAGCUGGAGCGGGUCCGCGCGGUGUGCGUGUCGGAGGGCGGGCGCGCGCAGUUCACGCCGCGCCUGUACACGGAGGACACGUGGGGCUCGCUGCUGGCCGUGGACAACUUCCACUCGCUGCCCUGCUACCACACGCGGACCUUCAUCUUCUCCACGCGGCCCAGCAUCGCCGACGUGGCCCCGCAGGACAAGCUCACCGAGUGGACCGUGGACCUCUACCCCAAGGGCGUCUGGUUCAGGAAGAGCCUGCUCAUCGUCUGGGCCGGCACCUAUGAUGUGCCUGAGGUGGUGCUGCGGACCGUCCGGAUCUCGAUCACGUGUCAGAACUGCCCCGAGUACACCGUCAACCAGUACGGCGAGACCGAGCAGCUGGAGCCCGAUGUCAGGGUCAAGAUCGGCAUCCUCGUGUGGGGCGUACAGAAAGGCGUGGAGCACGUUUCUUCCGUUGUAGAACGUGUUCAUCGGUUUUCACCGCAAAAUAGGGUUCUGAACAUCGACGGCGCGUUGGACUUCGACGAGCUGAACACGCCGCUGUACUCGCCCGCAGCGGCGCCGCGCGCGCGCGAGCCCACGCCCACGCCCACGCCCACGCAAAAACGUUGCUCGAAAUGUUCAGAAAGCAGCGAGUUCCCUGAGCCGCGUCACUUGCUAGGACCAAAUAAAGACCAGUUACGGAUACAAGUGGUUAUCUUACCUCUGAACGAGUACUGCCACGUGGCCGCGAGCGAGUGCUCGCAAGGAUGACCCGCCGCCCGCGCGCGACACACUACCACACUGUAGUCUACACCGACUGCAUCGAGACACGACUGGAUAUUUAACUUAUCUGUUAAGUCCGUCAGACAAAUUACCAAAAAUAUUUUCAUUUUACCUCAUUAUUAAAAAGUGAAGUAGAUAUAUGUAUGGUAGGCGGCUAGUAACAUCGCUUGCUAGUAAAAAGCGUACUGGUAAGUGACGUCACAUGAGAUUUUAAUUUGCUUUAUUGCCUUCAUUUUUAGUUAAGAACAUAAAUAAAUAAACAAUACGUAUCCAAUAUUGUUUGCAAAUCUGUCUCACGGACUAACAUUACAUUGCAUUGCUCAUACAGCAAAUGUAAGUGCUUGAGAAAUAAUGGUAUGACAGACCCUCGCCCUCUCGGAGUAUCGUUGGAAGCUCUUGAAAUAUAGGUACUACUACAGUCGUUAUGGUUAGGUACUGAAAUAUUUCUUUCUCAUUUUUUAAAACCACUCUUGCUCUGAGGAAUUAAAUCGCGGGGUGAUUUACAAACUUUCAAGUGACAUACACAAAGACUCCCCAGUCUCAUGACAAGCAUUCGUGGAUCACACAAAAGCUUGUCUUACGCAGGGAUUGGGUUUGGCAUCGUGAUCUCAACCACUCGGCUAAAUAGUUUCGAUGUGUUUGUUAUAUUAAUGUUUUAAAUAUCGGAAAAAAAUAAACAAGACUUAAAAUCAAUGUAAUACAACAACCAAUAUAAUCAAUUCAAAUAUAUCAAUUAAAAAUAACAGUUGUUUUUUUUUUACAUCAGUGUUUGAGUAAAUAUUCUCAUCAAGAUUGUUUAACUUUAUUAAGUACCUAACCAGAUGGUGUUUAUAGAAAUCAUUUGUUAUAGACUCUCACGCACAAAUUAUGAAUCACCUUGUUAAAGAACUCUGGGAUAUAGUAUUAACUUUGUCCAUUUUCGUAAUUUUUGAAAACGUUUUCCGAUUCCUUUGGGUCCCGAUAAAUACAGGUGAGCACCCGUAUUUUUCAGAAGCCAAUCUCAAUUCUGAAUUUUCAUAACGUGUUAAUCAAGUAAUAAAAACGAUAAAAUUGCUUUGGAAUACCUUAUAAAUUUACCUACAUCUCAAUGUAUGUUUAUUGUUACGCAAAAGAAUAUUGCCGCAGUAAAAGUAGCGCUAGAGAAUAAGCGUGAUGUCCUAGGGUUCUUCCGCCACGUCUUAAAGAUUAUUGGGGGUGUCAAAGUGAGAUGCCGCACUUUACGGUCGGCUCUCAGGGCCUCGUUUCUGCUAUUUACAAUGGUCGAUGAAUUAAUGAAAAUUAAAUUAAAUUUUAAAUUAUUCCUAUUCUCUAUAGAAUUUUGACAACACAAUCAUUGGAAAUUCGUUGUAUUGACCGUGUGUACCUUCCCGUACCGGAUAUUCAAUUAUUGUGUAGUAAAUUCGAAAAGUGUAAGCCAAUUUUCAUUAAUUCAUCGGCCAUUGUAAGAGUCGAAUGGUCUCUAACGUCUCCGGUUAGGGCAGGAUGGCAACUCGCUUAGUUCGUAAUAAGAUUCACUACCACUGUGUAAAAUGUAUUUGUGAUGUAACGAGGCUAGUUUAAUGACUGUAUCUUAUGGAAUUUCUUUACAUUUAAAUAUAUUUCAUGUUUUUCAGCUG